UGUAAACAAAUGUGUGUUACACACUCAAUUUCUUUUGUAAAAGUAUAACGCGAGUAUCUGAGACAUUCGGGUUGGUAAGGGACGAGAGUGACAACUUCACGGUAAAACUCAAGCAGUAACGAAACAUUUUUAGUCCUCGAAUUAACUUAAUAUCGCCAGUAAUUGUACUGUUAGACUUUGUACUACGUGUGUAGGUCUAAAUAUCACAUAUUUCGUCUUUUUAAACAGCCGAUUACAGUGGAUGUAUGAAACAUAUUUUCAAGGGAAAGAAAAUCCGCCAUACCUGCUAUCACUGCAGACGGAAGAGGAAGGACCGGUGCAGGGUGAAAGUUCAAAAUCUGCCUGGACCGGAAAUCAAAAGGGGUCGAAAACAUGUCGAAACUUUCUGAAAUAAAUCUUACGGAUAGGUGUCGACCAGAGAGUCUGUGGUCCGCUUUUGAUGUAUGGAUCAAGAAACCUCAUGUUGUUAAUAAGAGACUAUGUGGAGUGACAGAGUCAGAGUACAGGGACGUGGACACUGCUGGACUCAAGGAGUUUUUAUCUUCUGUUCUCGGGACAAGUUUUCUGACUAAUGAUAUUUGUCACUUUCUUCACGUUGAUUUUGUGGAUGAGGGACAUGAAACUGCAGGACGCUGGAGUGUUUGCCUUAGAACCAUUAUUCCCAAAGUAAACAAAACAGUGGAGUGUCUGUACAAAGACAUUACUAUUAAAGAUAUUGUUGGACAAGCAGUGACAUUUAUCCCUUUUGAAGAAAAUGAUGUGGGAAAAGUUUCUAUCAGAAGCAGCAACAUUUAUCAAAUCCAGAUGCAAUUGAAGACUGAAGAUUGGAUAUUGUCUCUUCAUGCUUUGAGACCUGAGCAGUGGUACAGUGAUGGAGUGGCUUACGCCAAAAUUUCCUGGCUCUGUACAGAACUCCUUCCUAAACUAUCACGCUGGGCUCUGGAGAGCAAGACCAGUGAAUUUAAAAGCACCUUGUCCCUCAUACCUGUAGAGAAAUAUAGCAUUCUCUACCAGCAACUGAAAGAAAAGUACAAAGCAUUGGUCAAGGUUUGGCCUGAAGUUACUGAUCCUGAGAAGUUUGUAUAUGAGGAUGUUGCUAUCGCAACAUAUUUGUUGGUCUUGUGGGGUGAGGAGCGCAUUGAAAAGGGAACAACAACAAAACAGUCCUUUGUGGAUCUCGGCUGUGGAAAUGGCCUGCUGGUUCACAUAUUAAACAACGAAGGGCAUCCUGGAAAGGGCAUUGACAUUCGCAGGAGGAAAAUCUGGGACAUGUACGGGCCUGAUACACAUCUGGAGGAAAAUGCCAUCAUGCCCAGCAACGGCUUCCUCUUCCCCACCACAGACUGGCUGAUUGGAAACCACUCAGAUGAGCUUACACCAUGGAUCCCUGUUAUUGCAGCCAGAUCUUCAUACUCGUGCCGCUACUUUGUACUUCCAUGCUGCUUCUUUGACUUCUGUGGGAAGUACCAGCGCAGGCAGUGUAAGAAGUCCCAGUAUAAGGAGUACAUUGACUUCAUUACUGAUGUCAGCACAGCAUGCGGCUUUAACACAGAGGAGGAUUGCCUGAGGAUCCCUUCCACCAAACGGGUAUGUUUAAUUGGCAAAGGCAGGAGGUAUACAGAGGAAGAAGAGGCUCUGAUAGAGGAACAGAGGAACGAUUAUAUCAGGGGUCGUCAGGCCUUAUUCACAAGCUCGGGGGGCGCCACGAGUGCCAGUCAGGGCGACCAAGAUGGACCUAACUCCCUUGAGAAUAGUCAGGAUAUCUCAACUCCUGAAAGUGACUGGGGAAAUGGCUUUCAACCAAGAGAAAAGAUAGAGACCAUCAGGAAUUGCGCAACCCUUCCGAGAGAUUUUGUGGACGGCGUGGUUCUGAAGGUGGCAAAGUCCUUGCUAAGUCUGACCGAGAGGAACACAGAGAGAAGCGAAAGCGGUGACGUGUGGAACACAGGAGGAAGUUUGUUAAUAAGUGAAGUUGCUUAUCUUCUGGAUCAGUCCACUCUGCAGACACUGAAGAAAGAGUGUGGAGGUCUCCAGACCCUGCUGAAAAACAACCACCAGGUGUUUAGAGUGGAGGGUGGGAAGGUGCUUAUUCGGGAUUGGAGAACACAUACAACAGCGCAGGGUCCUAGAGCAAGCUCCAAGCGCAAACCCCCUCCCUCUGGUGCCCUGAAGACCCGACUGUGCUGGUUUCAUACCCACCAUCCACAUGGUUGCCCUCUACCCAGUGAGGUCUGUGCCUUUGCUCAUGGAGAGACUGAGUUAAGACCCUCCACUAAACCUCCAAAGAUGAUUCGAAAAUGAACAGGAGACUGAAAGUUUUUUUUUUUUAAGGUGGCUGUACUACUGACUAUUUGGAGAAAGAAGAAAAGUACCAAAUAUUUUAGUUACGCCAUUGAUAUUCAUUAAGUGUUCAUGGUGGACAUUUUAGGAAUUUUUUUAUAGGAAUGGAAAUGAAGUUAUCAGCAAAACUGUAUCUCUGUUUUAUGAGAAACGCCUAAAGCCAAAAUUUUUGUCAAAUAAAUCUCAAAACUAUAUAA